GCAACAUUACAGAGAAAGGCUGUAAUGAUCUGGCAGUGGCUCUUUGUUUAAAUCCUUCACACCUGAUUGAGCUGGACCUGAGUGAAAAUAAUCUAGGAAACUCUGGAGUGAACCAACUUUGUCUACUUCUGAGCAAAGAGAGAUGUAAUCUUCAGAAACUAGAUCUUUCAUACUGUAACAUAUCAGAGGAAGGAUAUGGUGCUCUGGCCUCAGCUUUACGCUCAAACACAAAACUGAUUGAGCUUGAUCUCAGAGGAAACCAUCCUGGAGACAGAGGAGUGGAGCAAUUCUACAACCAACCAAAUAAAUCAUAUCUUAAAUUGAGGUUGAUGAGAAGUGAGGCUGCAGAGGAGGGCUUGAACUGUCUCAAUAGCUUUGAUAAAAACAUCUUAAAACACAAAGAGUUGGAUCUAAGAGAGAAUACAACAUCAGACAUUACAGUGACACAGCUGUGUGCUGUCAUAGAGGAUCCACACUGCAGCCUGAAGAAAUUCAUGCUGUAUAAAACAGGGAAGAUUCGUUGUGAAGAAUCUGCUGCUUUGAUUUCUGCCCUGAAUUCAAAGCCUGCACACCUAAGACACCUCGAUGUGAAUGCGAAUAGGCUGGACAACUCUGGAGUGCAAAAUCUCUGCACCCUCCUCAGAAAUUCUGACUGUAAAGUGGAGGAACUGAUGCUUAAAUGUACUGGUAUAAAAGAGAAAGGGUGUGCUGAUCUGAUUUCAGCCCUAACCUCAAAUCCCUCACACUUAAGAGAACUGGAUUUAUAUAAGAAUGAACUGGGAAAGUCAGGACUGCAAAACAUCUGCAGUCUACUAAAGAAUCCUACUUGUAAACUGGAAAGCCUGAAAUUAGGUAAGAAAGUAACAGACCAAGAUUUGGCUGCUCUUGCCUCAGCCCUAUGUACAAAUCCAUCACACAUCAGAAAGCUGGAUCUAAGUAAGAAUACAUUGAAAGAUUCAGAAAUGAAAGAGAUCAGUAUCCUACUGAAGAAUCAGGAGUGUAAACUACAGAAACUACUGCUUAACAAAUGCAGAAUAAAGGAGGAAGGCUGUGAAGCUCUGAUUUCAGCUCUAAACUCAAACCCCUCACACCUGAGAGAGCUGGAUCUGACUGACAAUAAACUUGGAAAGUUAGGAUUCCAGAAUUUGAUUGACCUACUUUCCAAUCGUCAGUGUAAGCUAGAGAAACUAAGGCUUAGGAAUUGCAGUAUAGAUGAGAAAGGCUGUGAUGCUCUAACUUCAGCUCUGAGUUCUUACCCCACACACCUUAGAGAGCUGGAUUUGCGUAAGAAUCCAAUGGGAAAGUCAUUGAAACACCUCGUUGAACUGCUUAAGAAAUCAAAAUGCCAACUGAGGUAA